GCUCUGUAACUGCAAGGCUUCUCUUUUAUUAGUAAAGACGUGCAAGCACCACCAGAUACUCAGUGAAGUAAACUGUCUUUCUCAACCAAGCGUGGAGUAACAGUCACAUGCCGAAGAAUAUAAUUCUAUAGAUGCACAAAAACAAGUAGAGAUCUGUAGGCAAACAGAAAAACUGCUCAUAGCUGCGGUCAGGAAAGAGGAAGUUGAGUGUGCAGCUAAAACUUGCAGAACAUCCGCCAGGCAGUGAAAGACAGACGGAACAGAGGAGCACAGAAAGAACACAAAGACAAGCAGCGGGAGCAACGGAGCCUCCUUUUGACCCAAGAUGGACCUGUGGAGGCAGUGUGCAGCGUGGCUCAUUCAGUGCCGGGUUCUGCCUGAGAAGCACCGGGUCACUUGUGAGAGUGCCCAGGUGUGCGAGCUGGUCCACGCACUGCGGGAUGGUGUUCUCCUCUGCCAACUGCUGAACAACUUGCGUCCGCUGUCCAUCAACCUGAGGGACAUCAAUCUGCGACCACAGAUGUCACAGUUUCUUUGCCUGAAGAACAUCAGGACCUUCCUGAAUGCUUGCCAGGAAUGCUUUGGGCUGAAGAAGAAUGAGCUCUUCGAAGCUUUUGACCUGUUUGAUGUGCGGGACUUUGCUAAGGUGAUCGAUACACUGUCCAUUCUGUCAUACACAUCAAUUGCAAUUGAACGUGGAAUACAGCCGUUUCCUGUUGAGGGUAGUGUACCAGAUGAAGAAAUCUACAGUGGUCUUUCUGACCAGAUAGAUGACACAGCAGAUGAAGAUGAUGACCUUUAUGACUGUGUGGAGGAUGAGGCCAAUGAGGGGGAUGAGAUUUAUGAGCACCUGAUGCAAGUGGAUGCCCCCCAGGAAGUGCAGCAGAAGAUGAACGAGGUGGAUAAGAGGGGCUGCUGCCUACAGGAGAUCAAACAGACAGAGGAGAAAUACACAGACACAUUGGAGUCCAUUUUAAAGCACUUCAUGAAGCCACUUCAACGUUUCCUGCAGCCACAAGACAUGGAGAACAUUUUCAUCAACAUGGAGGAGCUUGCUGAGACUCAUCGCAGUUUGCUGGAAGAGAUUCGAAACUCCAUCCAGUUGUAUGGGGCAGAGAACCUUUACCAAAUCUUCAUCAAAUACAAAGAGAGGUUAUUACUUUAUGGACGCUAUUGUAGCCAAGUAGAAUCAGCUACAAAGCACUUGGAUAAGAUGGCCAGUAUGAAGGAGGAUGUUCGAAUGAAGCUAGAGGAGUGCUCCAAAAGAGCAAACAGUGGAAGAUUUUCUCUUCGAGAUCUUCUAAUGGUCCCCAUGCAGAGAGUCUUGAAAUACCAUCUUCUUUUACAGGAGCUUGUGAAGCACGCCUCCAACCCAUCUGAGAAGGAGAACCUGCGUACUGCUCUCGAUGCCAUGAGAGACUUAGCACAAUGUGUCAAUGAAGUUAAACGAGACAAUGAAAUCAUUCGUCAGAUCACCACAUUCCAGCUAUCCAUUGAGAACAUGACCCAGUCUCUGGCUCUCUUUGGUCGCCCCAAGAUAGAUGGCGAGCUGAAGAUCUCCAGCAUAGAGAAGAGGUCCAAACAAGACAGGUAUGCUUUCCUGUUUGACAAAGCCAUGCUGGUGUGUAAAAAAAAGAGUGGAGAUACCAUGGAGCUGAAGGAGCUCAUCGAGCUACACAACUAUCAGCUCCGUGACGAGACCAUGGGCGAGAAGGAAAACAAAAAGUGGUCCUACAUGUUCUAUCUGAUAGAUUCAUAUGGACAGUACAGUUUUGAUCUCUACUUCAAAACCAAAGAAUUGAAGAAAAAAUGGCUGGAGCAGUUUCAAAUGGCUCUGUCAAACAUGUUUCCAGAGAACAACACAGCCAACAGUCAUGAUUUCCAGAUGUACUGCUUUGAGGAGACCACAUCCUGCAGGGCAUGUCAAAUGCUACUUAGAGGGAUCUUCUUCCAGGGCUACCGAUGCACUCGUUGUAAGGCACCAGCACAUAAGGAGUGUUUAGGGCGUGUUGCUCCCUGUGGGAAAAACUCAGAGUUCUCUGGCACCAUGAGAAAGGACAAGAACCAGCGAUCUGUCACCGGCAGAUCAGGUGACCCAGGGUUGCCAAAGAUGGAGGUGUGGCAGGAAUACUAUGGGCUUCCCCCGCCCCCUGUUGGGUUUGGUCAACCCCUCCACCUCUCAAUGGGUGACAUCAUAGAGCUAACCCGAGCAGACGUGGAGUUGCAGUGGUGGGAGGGCCGAAACAUAGCAGUGGCAGAGAUGGGCUGGUUUCCUUGUUCCAAAGUUCGGCCAUAUGUUCCGAGACCUACGCCAGACCUGACAGACUUUCCAUGGUUUGCUGGCAACAUGGACCGCACUGCAGCCAAGAAUUUGCUUGUGUCUCGUUCUGAUGGAACCUACUUGGUCCGGCAAAAGGACGGAGGAGAGUUUGCCAUCAGUAUCAAAUUCAAGGUGGAAGUCAAACACAUCAAGAUAACAUCAACAGAGGGGCUAUACCGCAUCAACGAGAAGAAGGCCUUCAAAGGCCUGAUUGAACUGGUGCAGUUUUAUCAGCAAAACACACUCAGGGAAUGCUUCAAGGGCCUGGACACUACCCUGCAGUUCCCUUAUAAGGAACCAGAAAAGAACACUACCCCACCCACCCCUGAGGGCAGUGUGCGUUAUUUUGGUACAGCCAGAGCACGGUAUGACUUUUCUGCCCGUGAUCGCACGGAGCUGUCAUUGAGAGAGGGAGACACGAUAAAAAUCAUAUCCAAAAAGGCCAGCAACGGGUGGUGGAAAGGCGAAGUCUAUGGCCGGAUUGGACUCUUUCCUGCUAAUUAUGUAGAGGAGGACUAUUCUGACUACUGCUAGCAAAAAGCAGCCAUGGGCUGCCACUGAAAACCUGAGAAAAAUUCCUCACAGUAGAGGGAACGUUCUUGUGUCCAUGCCUGCGCAGACCUCCAACCCCUCACCGAGUCCAUGCCUGCGCAGACCUCCAACCCCUCACCGAGUCCAUGCCUGCGCAGACCUCCAACCCCUCACCGAGUCCAUGCCUGCGCAGACCUCCAACCCUUCACUGACUCCAGGUCUACACAGACCUUCACUCCUGAGUCCAGCCCCACAGCCUGUUAUAGCUCACCUUUCUCAAGCUCUUGUGUCAUCUACAGAUGUACUGUAUCAGCUCUGUCAUCCACUCAGGAUGCCUCAGUCAUCUGCAGUCCUGUCUCUCUCCAGGUAAAUUCUGUACCCAGUUAGCAUUGGGGUAAAACAAAGGCUACUAUAUUUUCAUAAAAUAAAAUAAAAAAAAAAAACUGACAAAACGUAUCACCGCCAAAAAAACCUUCAAAAAUCUUAGCAACAUUAGAGUAGAUUCCCUCUGACAGGAAGGCUGUCAGUCUGCAGCUGCUGGACUGGAACAUCACCCAGGAAUAUGUUCUGACAAAGGUCAACAAGCUGUCUUUCCUGAGAACUCUGUAAACUUUCUGAAUGUAACCAAUAGAACUGGUAUUUCUUUGAACACCCGGCUGCCAAUAAAUGAUCCCUAUUUCUCAGAUUAUCAACAAUACAAA